AUGAAUCUUAAUGUGCCGAAGACUGACAGCAAUGGACAAGAUAAAUUUCACCAGAAGUUUGAAUCAAUGCCAAAGCCCACUGCUGUAACUGCAGCUAGUUCUAACUCAGAUCAAAAUACAACUUUACAACACCCGAAAGAUAAACAACAAGAACAGCAAGUGAACAAACUGCUGCAUAGUAAUGAAGACACAAAUUUUAUAAAAGACAAUAACAAGACACAACAACAAGAUCCACAGCAAAAUGGACAACAAUACAUAAACCAAGACGAGCAAACUCAACAAAACCAUCUGGAUCAGAGCCGAGAACGGGGUAAUGAGAAUGAAGAACAACAAGACGAUUAUGGGGAUGCAUCUGAAAGUAAUAAACGUAUCAUAUUGCAAAGGUUCACAAUUUACAAUGCCACAACUACAAUGUACAUAGUUGGAAGUAACUCAAAAGAAAGUCUUUUUCGUAUUAUGGAAAUCAGCAAAGACGAAGAAAAUGAUAAUGUUGUUUCCAUUAUUGAAGAUAGUAAUUAUUUUUACACCAGGAAAGAUAUGAUUGAGUUAUUAAAUGGAUUAGAUGAGUCUAUUGAAGGAGGUAUACACAAGGUUGCACAAGGGUACGGGAUGUUAGGAUUAAUUAGAUUCACUCAGAGUUAUUACUUGUGUUUAAUCACAAAAUGUUCUCAAGUUGCUAUUUUGGGUGGACAUUUCAUUUAUCAUAUAGACGAAACCAAAUUAAUUCCAUUAGGAACAAACUAUAAACGGCCAGAAAAAUAUAGUGAUGAAGAGAGAUUGUUAUCUAUUUUCAAGUAUAUGGAUUUGGGGAAAACUUUUUAUUUCAGUUAUAGUUACGACAUCACCAAUACUUUACAAACCAAUUUUGUCCGGAAUAAGAAAAAGGCAACUGAUCUUCAAUUUGGAGUAAACACUAAUAAAGUAAAUGACUUGUUCAAUAACUUUGAACAUAAUGAAAGAUUUGUAUGGAACAACUUGUUGUUAAAACCUAUACUAGACAAUCCUGAAGUGGCCACAUACGAAUGGUUCCAACCAAUUAUACACGGAUUUAUAGACCAGGCUAAUAUUUCAGUUUAUGGGAGAAAGUUCUAUAUAACUAUAAUAGCGAGAAGGUCUCAUCAUUUUGCUGGAGCACGGUUUUUGAAAAGAGGAGUCAAUGACAAAGGUAAUGUUGCCAAUGAAAUUGAAACAGAACAAAUAGUCAGUGACAUGCUAAUUACAUCGUUCCAUGACCCAAAAUAUGGCUUCUACAACAACCCACGAUACACUAGUUUUGUUCAGCAUCGGGGGUCUAUACCAUUAUAUUGGACUCAAGACAUGAAUAAACUUCCGAAACCACCUAUACAGAUUAAUUUGAAUGAUCCAUUUUAUCAAAGCUCAGCAUUGCAUUUCAACGAUUUGUUUCACCGAUAUGGGCUGCCAAUAAUUGUGUUAAACUUGAUUAAACAAAAGGAAAAGCAACCACGAGAGCUGAAAUUAAACCACUAUUUCAUGGCUUGCAUAAAAUAUCUUGAUCAAUUUUUACCUGAAGGUAAGAAAAUCCAAUAUUUUAGCUUUGAUAUGUCUAGACAUUCUAAGAAAAACUUGGAUGUGAUUGGACCAAUACAAGCUAUAGCAGCUAAUGCGAUGAGUCAAAUUGGAUUUUUCCAUAAUGGGAUCAAUUUGUCUACUACAAAACUACAAAAGGGGAUUAUAAGAACAAAUUGCAUAGAUUGUUUGGACAGAACUAAUGCAGCACAAUUUAUUAUUUGUAAAGAAGCAUUAACUCAUCAACUACGGAGUUUGAAGAUUAUUUCGGAAACCCAAAACUUGGACUAUGAUUCAGAUUUGAUCAAUGUGGUUACAGAAAUAUUUCAUGAUCAUGGAGAUACUAUUGCCAUUCAAUAUGGUGGCUCAAACUUGGUUAACACGAUGGACUCUUAUCGACGGAUCAAUCAGUGGUCUUCGCAUACAAGAGAUAUGUUGAAUAGUAUUAAACGGAUGUAUUCUAAUUCAUUUAUGGACUCUAUACGUCAAGAAGCAAUAAAUUUGUUUUUGGGGAAUUAUAUUUAUGAACCUGAUAAACCCAAAUUAUGGGAAUUACAAAAUGAUUAUGCUCUUCAUAAUGAUUAUUCAGGUAAUGGGUUACAUGGUCCUCAUAAAAGUUAUAUUAAUUGGUAUAACGAAGCAUUUUUAUUGGAUUCACGAUAUUCUUUCUCAGGGAAUGAGUGUAAUGAAGUUUUACGAUUAGAAGCAUUUCCUGAUUGUAAUGAGAAAUGGUUUAAUGAAUGUUAUAUCCCAAGAAAAUAUCAAUCAUUUACAGAACUUUUCCAAUUCAAUAUGAACUCAAACUCAAGAUAUUUCCCACCUACUGAGAAUACUGAGAAUGGUAAUAAAUUUGAUUACAGCCCUUUUGAAUCUCGGAGGAAGAAAUAUAAGACUUUUGAACACGAAUCAAAAGCUAAACUUGAGAUCAAAACACCACGUUCUAAGCGAAUUCAAAAAUUCUUACCAUUCAAAAAUGACCACAAUAAUACCAGUAGUCUAAUCAGUAGCAAAAGAAAUCUUGAUUUAAUUGAAGAUAAUGAUGAGGAGGACAGAUCAAUUACGCCUGAUCCAGAUCAAGCAAAUUCUAUUGUCACUGUGAAUGAAAAAGAUAUUGAAUUAUACAAUUCACAAUGGGAUUAUGAUAAAAUCAUUAAGCAUCAAACAAUUAAUACUCAAGAUUAUUCAUUUAAUCCUCGAGUUAAAACAAAUAUUGAAGAUAAAGAAAUUUAUUGGUAUUACAGUAAUGAAAUUUUUUCUAAACUUAGAAAUGGUAGUGAUGGUGCUGGUGCUGCCCGUCGGGAAGAUUUGAUUAGUCCUCAAGAUUUGAAAACAUAUUUGACUUUUGAUAGUAUUGAUAAUGAAAUGAUAACAAAUUUUAAUAAUCAAUUAGAUUUAAAUACCGACAAUAAUUAUUUCUUUUAA